AUGACGCCUUGGGUGGUGGUGGUGGUGCAUGUGCCAUGGUAUAAUACUAAUUCGGCACAUAAAGGUGAAGGGGAAAGCAUGAGGAAAGCAAUGGAAGAAUUGUUGUAUAAAGCACGAGUUGAUAUUGUUUUCGCUGGACAUGUUCAUGCAUAUGAACGAUUUAACAGAAUUUAUGACAAGAAGCCUAACCCAUGUGGCCCGGUUUACAUAACCAUAGGCGAUGGAGGAAACCGAGAAGGGCUGGCAUUAAAGUUUGAAGGUCCUACUCCAGAGCUUUCACUUUAUAGGGAACCAAGCUUUGGACAUGGUCGAUUAAGGUUGGUAGAUGAAAGUCGAGCACAUUGGUCAUGGCACCGCAACAAUGACUCCCAAUCACUUGUUGCCGACCAGGUUUGGCUACAAAGUUUAACUACGAUCAAAUCGUGUUGGCUGACUACAGUCCAUAAAGACGGCUCAUACAUUAAAAAUGAUGAACUAUAA